GAAGAGUGUUUCGGCUGGAAUAUCAGAUCAGUGCAUUACGAGUGAUUACGAGUAUCCUGUCUUUUCAGUUGCGAAAAUCCACUCAAAAUGGGUAAGAAAUUCGGAAACCUUGCCAAAAUCAGUGGCAUUACGUAUUUUCGCCUCAGUCCAUAUGAACAAAAGUCAUUUGCUGGAGCAAUAUCGGACGGUGCACCGAAUUUGCUACGCCGAAUCAAUGAAAGUAUACUCUAUGUUGUACCAUGGUUUAUUGGUACCUAUAUACUAAUGGAUUGGGCAACAGAAGAAAAUCAUAAGUUGCACCGUAAGAACCCAGCAGACUAUGCAAAUGAUAAGUAAAUUAUGAUACUUAUCUAUGUAAUAUUAAUUAAUAGCAAACUAAAUGUACAUACUUAAUUAAAAAUAAAGUUAAUCUCU